AGUACAACAACACAUCCUAACCGCAAAUCGGAGGGCUUAUGGCCACGUAAACCAGCCGUAACAGAAACUUCCGAGCUAAAGAAACAGAAUGUCUUUAUCAGAAAAACAUUUUUGCAAACGCUGUCUCCAUCAACUCACGAUCAAAAUAGAUUGAUGUCAAGCAGGAACCAAAGUUUGCUUUGCGGCCAACAUGAAUGCCGAGAACCGAACCGCCAACAUCUGUAACAAAGCUUUGCGGGAAUCCCCUUCGAAUCUUUUCAAACGCAAUACGCAAGAAAGUUUAUCAUUUCCUUUAUCUCUAUUUAAAACCACCAGUAAGAUGCAGGGGAUGACAUAUCUCAUCACUGCAACAGCCGUGCGCAAAUUACCAUUACAACUGAAGUCUCCGCAAAACUUGACGACGUGUUUCCAGACACAAAGUUCGUGUUCAAGUGAGUAACGGAAGCUCAACUUGUCGACAAGACUUCCUAGUUCACCUUAAAAGUGCCAAAUAGUUUGCAGUUAACUGCGUAAACAGUAUUCCAAAGGUGCAUAAAAGGCAAGUUGCGUACUCAAGAAAAACAACAGCGGCGGCAACCGCAAUAUGGCCGAAAUCAAAGAUGAAUGCAUUGGCGAGGACAAGAAUGAAAGCGAGAGCUCGUCAAAUGGAUUAAAUUUUGACGAAAUGCUGGCAGCCACAGUGCGGAGGCACCCAGUUCUUUACGACAAAUCAUAUAAAGACUUUCAUGAAAGGGACGUAAAGGAUAACGCAUGGCAAGCUGUAGCGCGAGAAGUCGGAUUGGUUUCGGGUCAAGAGGCAGAAAAACAAUUUCGUCUUUUGCGUGACCGCUACCAAAGAGCAAAAAUGGCCAUCCAAAGAAGGGAAACUUCUGGAAAAUCACAAAUAGCAAUGGUUAGAGUCCAAGCAAGACUUAGCAAUAUGAACUUUAUGCACUGGUUGGAUGAACAUAUAAAACCAAGAACGAGGUUUGUCAGCAUGCGACACAACAAGAAUUCUAUGGUAGGAAUAGUUGAUGAAAAUGAACCAGCUAAUCAUGUUGAAAUACUGGAAGGGGUUGAUUGCGCAAGUGAGGCUGACUCAGAAAUUGAUUUUCCAUCUUCAUCUGUCCCACAUACAAUGGUACCAGCAAGAAGAAAGUUUUCACCAUGCAUUGUACAGCAAGCAAAGGUUCCAAAAAACACAGCCCAUCCAAGAUUUGCAUCAGGGCCAAAAAGGCAAUACAUGCAUGAAGAUGAACCUAAGCAUAUGCAAUAUGAACAAAGAGAAGCAGUUGGAAUUAUCAGAGAAUCAGAUGAUGAGAGGCAAACAAUAAUAACACCUGAUAUCCACAGUAAUAUUACAGUCUUGCGAGAUUCAGCACAGAUAUUUGGGGACUUUGUUGCAGAUCAGCUAAGACAGCUAUCCCGAGACCAGGCAGUAGAAGCAAGAUACAAAAUCAGUGGCAUAUUCUACUCUUUAAUGCAGAAUUCACAAGGACAUAAACCCUCAUAAAAAAUGCAGACUUAAUGAGAAAAACCUGGCAAACUACAGACUUUGCUUAAUGAGUACUCUGUUCCAUAUAUCCAUUAACUUUUAAAUUAAUAUUAAAGAAAUAUUAGAAGACUUCUGUGUAACAGGAAUACCUGAAUCCACCAGUGAUCAGCACAUUUGUUGUUGUUAAAUUUUAUCUAAUGACUGCAUUUAUCAUUAAUUUUUUACUGCCAUCUGUCGUUAAUAAAAUUCUUUAAAUAUCAUUAAUAUUUACUGACAUUAUUAUUAACGACAAUACCAUCAAGUUUGAAUGUUGAUUUUUUCUACCACUCUCGCAAUGCCCCAUAUAAUUCUAAACAUUAUACAUAAUAAAAACUCAGAUUAUUGUGUACUUUCCAAUGUCAAACUGGUGUCGUCCUCUAUCAAAUUUCAGAUUUCUGUCUAGCCCCUCAGCCUUAUUAAAAACCAACUUUUAUUAAUUUUUUCAGAGUUUAUUUAUUCAAUUUCAUAGCAGAUUUUUAAACUUCCUUAUUUUGUUUUUAUCAUUAUACUGAACAAGUUCAAAGAAAGACAAAACAUAUUUUGUGGUAUCUUUAUCUAUCCAAGCCAUUUCUUUCAUUAUAAUCCUAUUCUUGUUUUUGAUAAAUUUUUAGUUUAUUCUUGAUCCCCUCUUUUUCCAAGACUCCUUGCUUAUUGAUAUCUGGCGCCAAAGAAAACAGUAAUUUCUUAAUUGGAAAUGUAGGAAAUGUUAUUAAAAGCUUCAACUUUGUUUGAGAAAUAAUUUUAACUUAUUUAACUAUUAGGGAAGAGGGCUUAAGAAAAAACAGAGACAACAGCUGCAAUUAGCCAGCUUUGAUGGGAGCUGUCUAUAACAUUUUCAGCAAUGUGGCUUUUGUGAAAAUCAAUAAAAAAGUGGACUUAUGCUUGGUUUCAGUAGGUCUUUUGAAAUCAGUAUAGUCCGGUUUCCAUAAAAUUAAGUGAUUUUAGCAAUUUUGUCUUCUGUUUGUGUCAGCAUUUGAAGUUCUUUUCCACAUUACAGGCAAACUUUUAAGAAAGGAUUCUUAGUGAACUCAGAAAGGCCAUUGAAAUGAAGCACUGUUAUCUUCUACUAUGAUUUUCAAUGUGUCUACAAUACAUAGCUAGGGAAGAAAUAUUAAGUCAGCGAGAAAGCUUUAUAGGAAAGUAACAAAAAAUGUUUACAUUCAAACUAAAAAAUAUAACAAAGAAAGCAGGCUAUUUAUUUUGAACAUUUCAUGAUGAUGCCAAUUAUAGUCUUUUAUUCAAACAACAUUAAGUCUUUUAUUCAUAAACAAGAAGUGAUUUGCCUACUAAAGUGUUGAUAAGUAAGCCAUGAUUUCUGAUUCAAGAUUUUGUCUACAGAAAAUUGCUACAACCAGAUUUAAAAACAAAAUGAUAGCUAAAGUGCAGCCCUUAUAAUGUUUGAAAGAAACUAAAAAUCUGUUCAACCAAGUUUGAUCCAUAACAAAUAAAAUAUUGAAAAAAUACUUUACUAAUUAAUGUUGAAAAAUGAAACAAUAAGGACAUGAAUUUUGUAGGUUAUAGGACAUAUAUAUGAGUUCAUAAUGCCUAAAUAAUAAAAUGCUUAGCACUUUCAUAAUAGGAAUGAAAAACUAGAUUAAAUUGGUACAUAUAUAAUAUUAAUGGUUUUUUAGUAGAGUGAAAAUCAACUUAAUCACUCACACUCUCUUAGGAACAGUUUUUUUAGAUAUGAAGUUUUGCUGUGAACCACCAAAAAGCUUUCCACUUGCACCCUGUAAGGGCAUACCUAUAAGGUGCAACUGUUUCACCAUAAUCCCAGGCCCCUAUGUAAAGAUUUCAGAAGGUGUUCAAGGCUGAAGCAAAAUUGGUAAUAUUAGUACUAUUGAUGUUUGCUGCUUUUCCAUGUGAUUUCGAAACUUUGUGGUACAUGAGUAUCAUAUAGCUUUUGUCUUUCAAAUGACAGGCGCAAAAGAAUAUUUUUUUAUUUCUACUACCUACACUUGAAAAAGUUCAGUUAAAUCCAAUAAAUUACAAACUGUGAAAAUUGGUAAAUUUUAGAGAACUUUAUUACAGCUUUCGUAGAGGAACAAAAUUCUGUCAACUAGGGUUGCAUAAUUUGACAGUAAUUUUUUUAAAGCUUUUUUGACAUGCAUUUUAUAAGCAUUUGUAGUAUUUGGCAUAUUAUGUUUCCUUUUCCUCUUUUAAAUAUCAUAAAAAAGGAUUUGAACAGUUUUUUGCCGUACAGAACUUGAAAAUGGCUUUGAAAAAAGCAAAAAUUUCAUAUCAUAUUGGCUAAAAGCUUUUUCAUCUGACCUCAGAGCAUAAAACAACAGAAUACGAAUCCGAAAGAACACGAUGGAAAAUAUAUACCCAGUUGUCGAUCGAAUUGGCCAAUCAGAAAAACGCAAGCACAAGACUGGUAUAGUUGACCAAUUAGUGUCACAUGCCUAAGAAAAACUACCGAUGGAGCCUAAGAGAGGAAACAAACUCCUUCUGUCCACACAAUGACCGCUUUUUCCUUUGCAUGUAAAUCGAUUAUAAAACUGCUAGAUGGAAAGAUAGCCGGGGUCUGCCAAUUAUCUGAAACAUGUUGUCAUUAUAGUUUUGCACAAUCUGGCCCAUGGCAUAAUCACUUGUUUUAACAAUGUUUGUAGACCUACAAGAUCGAGGAGGAUGUUCUCUUUGAGGGGCAGUUUUGCUUCUUAUGUUGGAAUGAACAUGUUCUAAUCUUUGGGUUGUGCAUCCUACGUAGCCAGAAUCACACUGGCACGUAAAUUCAUAAACAAGAGAAUUUUUUUGGUUGGUAGGAACACAACACUUUUGACUAGAUAGAAGAGCUCUCCUAGUGCUUUAAACAAUAUGGGGAUUGACAGCAUGAAUUUGUUAUUAGCGUCUUAUGUUCACUAGUCAAAUACUUUUUGUCUCAAUCAAUAUUCACCAAAACGGCUUAACAAAGAACUGUUGUGGUCA